ACGAGUAGGUUUGUUUUCAUCCUCCGCUGCGAUACAAUACUCAUUCUCUCGUGUGGAGCUCUCGCGAUCGGACGUUUUUCGGAGUCGGCACCGGAUCGAGAGUUGGAUCUCAUCCCGCCCCAACUCUUGGAAUUUUCUUUCCAACUGCUUGGAAAAUAUCUUCUUUGCCGAGUGCGUGUGUGCGCGUGUGUAUGAGUGCCUGUGUGAAGUGGAGUUUAUAAAAAGAAGUCAAAAAGUGUUUGCCGCAUCAACAAAAAUAAAAACACCCAAGACGUGUGUUUGUUGUUUUGUCUGUAUAACAGAAAAUUUAUCUUUUGAAACUUCCCCUCUGGGAAUAAUUACAGAGUCUUAUUCUGUAGCUGAAAAAAAUCUGCUAUGGGUUUUGUUAAAAAAUAACAGCAUGAAUGAAUAACAAUUUUAAAAAGGAAGAAGAGAAGCAGUGGUGAAAUCUUACUACCCAGGAUCACGUGUCUUAGUAUAAGAAGUCCCCACAAAACGAACGAAAAGAAAAGCAACUGAUUAAAGUCCCGGCCGGAAGUGCCCCAGUGGAACGCGACCCCAACAACAGAGAGCGAGAUCGAGAUGUUGGAACUGCGGCUUAUCGUGGUCAUUGCGCUCGGUCUGCUCAGCAGCCAGUUGGGCACAGUGGAUUCCCAAAGACAGCCUCAGCAAGGCAGACCGGAGAAGUCCAAACAUCCACUAAACAAAUUUGUCAAGACGCAUCCUUGUGAGAGAUCCUCAUGCUAUCCGGCAACGGGUAAUCUCCUGAUUGGAAGAGAAAAUCGACUAACUGCCAGUUCCACUUGUGGUCUGCAUUCGCCGGAGAGAUUCUGCAUCCUGUCCCAUUUGCAGGAUAAAAAGUGUUUCCUCUGCGACACGCGGGAGGAGACCAAGCAUGAUCCCUACAAGAAUCAUCGCAUCGGGCAGAUCAUAUAUAAAACUAAGCCUGGAACCAAUCUACCCACCUGGUGGCAGUCGGAGAAUGGCAAGGAAAAUGCCACCAUUCAAUUGGAUCUGGAGGCGGAGUUCCACUUCACCCAUUUGAUCAUUACCUUUACCACUUUCCGACCAGCGGCCAUGUACAUCGAGAGAUCCUUUGAUUUCGGAACCACGUGGCACGUUUAUAGGCAUUUCGCUUACGACUGCAAAGAAUCCUUCCCUGGAGUGCCCACUGUGUUGGAAAACAUCACCGAUGUUAUGUGCACUUCGAGAUACUCCAAUGUGGAGCCGUCGAAGAACGGUGAAGUGAUCUUUAGGGUGCUGCCACCCAACAUUAAUGUUACGGAUCCCUAUGCGGAGCAUGUGCAGAAUCAACUGAAGAUAACAAAUCUCCGAAUUCAGAUGACCAAACUGCACAAACUGGGUGACAAUCUCUUGGAUAGCAGGGUGGAAAACGAGGAGAAGUACUAUUAUGGCAUCUCCAAUAUGGUGGUUCGAGGAUCCUGUUCCUGUUACGGCCACGCCUCGCAGUGCCUACCAUUGGAUCCUGCGUUUACACCGGUGGACAAUGAAGAAGGUAUGGUUCAUGGCCGAUGUGAGUGUACGCACAACACGAAGGGAUUGAACUGUGAAGAGUGCAAGGAUUUGUACAACGAUCGGGCUUGGAAACCGGCAUUUGGAAAGCAAACAAAUGCCUGCAAGAAGUGCGAAUGUAAUGGCCAUGCCUUUAGCUGUCACUUCGAAGAGGCUGUAUUCGCGGCCUCCGGAUUAGUUUCAGGCGGAGUGUGCGACAAUUGCUUGCACAAUACCAUGGGACAACAUUGCGAGGAGUGUAAGCCGUUCUUCUUCCGCGAUCCCGAACAGGAAAUACAUUCACAAAACAUUUGCCAGCCCUGUGAUUGUGAUCCUCAAGGUUCCUUGGAUGAAGGUAUCUGUGAUUCAGUAAACGAUGAGGAGAAGGGAGCGGUAGCAGGCGCCUGCCAUUGCAAAACUUUCGUCAAGGGACGUCGUUGUAAUGAAUGCAAAGAUGGUUACUGGAAUCUACAGACGGACAAUCCCGAUGGCUGCGAGUCUUGUACCUGCAAUAUUCUCGGCACCUUGAACAAUUCGGGAUGCGUAAUGCGCACAGGAGAGUGCAAGUGUAAGCAAUAUGUUACGGGCAAGGACUGUAAUCAAUGUAUGCCAGAGACCUAUGGACUUUCGGAAUUACCAGAGGGUUGCGCCCUAUGUAACUGCGAUGCUGGAGGAUCCUACGAUAAUUACUGCGAUGUGAUAAGUGGUCAAUGUCGGUGCAGGCCUCACAUGACAGGAAGAUCCUGUUCUCAGCCGAAACAGAAUUACUUCAUUCCACUGCUAACGGAUGUUUAUGAAGCGGAGGUGGUAGAUGAAUGUAUAUCCUAUGGACCUAAUGGAAACUGCAGCGUGGUAGUUGAAACUCCGGAUCCUAGUUUCACGGGCUCUGGUUUUAAGAGGGUGCCUGAGAAUGGGGAACUGGUCUUUCCCGUCAAGACUGAAAAAUCAAUGCCUUACGAUGUGGUUAUACGUUAUCAGAGCACUUCUCGUGGCGAUUGGGAGGAUGCCUAUAUCACUUUAGUAAGACCGGAUCAAGUGGAUCCCAAUGGCGAAUGUGGAGAAUUCGCUGCUGCCACUGCUUCUGAGAGCAGGAUACCAUUCUCGUUGCCCGAUCGUCAACGUCAGGUGUUGGCGUUGAAUAAUGUUUGCUUGGAGGCAGAAAAGGUUUAUAAGUUCCGAAUUUAUUUUGAGCGGAAAAGACACGAUGCAGACAGUCCCACAGCGACAAUCUUGGUGGAUUCUCUGAUACUCAUUCCCCGCAUCGAUGUAACCCCCAUCUUUACAGGCUCCGAACCUGCCGAUAUUCGGAUGAAGGAAUAUAUAGCUCUCAAUUGCAAUGCCUCAUUAUACUACAUCAAUUAUCAGACCGAUCCGAGAUGUAAGGAGUUGGAAAACAUUUUAAGCAUCGUUAUCCACGAAGGAGCCAGAAAGUGUAACUGCAAUCCCACGGGAUCGAUAAGCAAGGUGUGCGAGUCCAAUGGUGGAUACUGCCAAUGUAAGCCCAACGUGGUGGGAAGGCAGUGCGAUGAGUGUGCCCCGGGCACCUAUGGAUUCGGUCCGGAGGGAUGCAAGGCCUGCGACUGUGACAGCACCGGAUCGAAGGAUAACAACUGCGAUCUGAUCACCGGUCAGUGCCAGUGUGUGCCGAGUACUUACGGCAGGGAGUGUAAUCAGUGCCAGCCGGGAUAUUGGAACUUCCCCAAUUGCGAAGCGUGCCAGUGCAAUGGCCAUGCGGCGCUGUGUGAUCCCACCCACGGAACCUGUCUGGAUUGUCAGGACUCGACUACGGGCUUCAGCUGCGACAGCUGUCUAGACGGAUACUACGGAAACCCUCUAUUUGGAAGCGAGAUUGGAUGCCGACCGUGCCGCUGUCCGGAGACUUUGGCCAGUGGAAUGGCCCAUGCGGAUGGAUGCUUUUUGGACACGACCAACAACAACAUGCUGUGCCACUGCCAGGAAGGAUACUCCGGCUCCCGCUGCGAGAUCUGUGCGGAUAACUUCUUUGGAAUACCGGACAACGGUGGCACCUGCUCCAAGUGUGAGUGUAGCAACAAUAUCGAUCUCUAUGACACCGGAAACUGCGAUCGCCAGACGGGAGCUUGCCUGAAGUGCUUGUAUGACACGACUGGAGAUCACUGUGAGCUCUGUCAGGAUGGAUUCUUCGGGGAUGCACUGAAACAGAAUUGUCAGCAGUGUGACUGUGAUUUCCUCGGAACGAAUGCCACGAUAGCCCACUGCGAUCGUUACACGGGUCAGUGUCCUUGUUUGCCGAAUGUCCAGGGUAUACGAUGCGAUCGGUGUGCCGAGAAUCACUGGAAGAUUGCCAGUGGCGAGGGAUGUGAGGCCUGCAACUGCGAUCCCAUUGGAGCUCUUCAUGAACAGUGCAAUUCCUAUGACGGUCAAUGUCAGUGCAAGCCAGGAUUUGGCGGCCGGGCUUGUAAUCAGUGUCAGGCUCAUUUCUGGGGCAAUCCGAACGAGAAGUGCCAGCCCUGCGAGUGCGAUCAAUACGGAUCUGCCGAUUACCAGUGUGAUAGGGAGACAGGCCAUUGUGUUUGCCACGAAGGAAUCGGUGGCUAUAAGUGUAACGAGUGCGCCAGGGGCUAUAUUGGCCAAUUCCCUCAUUGCUCACCUUGCGGUGAAUGCUUUAACAACUGGGAUUUGAUCUUGAGUGCCCUGGAGGAUUCAACGACGGCCACCAUUCGACGAGCCAAGGAAAUCAAGCAAGUUGGUGCCACAGGAGCAUACACGUCCGAGUUCAGUGAACUGGAUAAGAAAUUACAACACAUCAGAAAUCUGCUGCAGAACACGUCAGUUAGUCUGGUGGACAUAGAGGAACUGGAUACGGAAACCAAUAACCUCAAGCAGCAACUACAGGCAUCCCAUGGCAAAUUAAGCGAAACCGAAAGAAAUCUAGAUGAUAUAUACAACUCCCUAAGUUUAUCGGGUGUGGAACUAGAGGGUCUGCAAAACCACUCCAGAUUAGUGCAACAACUGUCCAAGGAACUCAAGGAAAACGGCAUACAGCUGCAGGAAUCGAAUAUUGAAGGAGCUUUGAACCUCACACGACACGCCUAUGAAAGGGUUAGCAAUUUAUCGACCCUCAAAGACGAAGCCAAUGAACUGGCCUCCAAUACAGACAGAAAUUGCAAGAGAGUCGAAACCCUCUCCAACAAAAUCCAAGCUGAGGCGGAGGGUUUGGCUAAAAAUGAAAAAUCCAUUGCCGAUUAUCGCGUGGAGUUGACCUUCUUGACCUCCCAAAUUCCCGAACUGAACAACCAGGUUUGCGGCAAGCCAGGCGAUCCCUGCGAUAGCUUGUGCGGAGGUGCUGGAUGCGGCCAAUGUGGAGGAUAUCUGUCCUGCGAACAUGGCGCCAAAACCCAUUCGGAGGAAGCUCUGAAAGUGGCCAAGGAUGCCGAGGCGGCCAUUACACUCAAAAAGGAUCAGGCGGAUCAAACCAUAAGGGCUCUAACCCAGGCCAAAUUGAAUGCCUCCGAGGCCUAUGACAAAGCCAAGCGGGGCUUCGAACAAUCCGAGCGUUAUCUGAAUCAAACUAAUGAAAGCAUCAAGCUGGCUGAAAACUUAUUCAUAGCCGUCAAUAAUUUCCAUGAGAACAAGACAGCUUCACCAGCAGAGAGCAAGCAAUUGGCCCAGGCUACUCUGGACUUGGACCUGAAACUGGAACCCAAAGAGAUUGAGUCCCUGGGAGUCCAGAUCAAUGAUGCCGUCUCAUCUCUGAAGAAUGUGGAAUCCAUUAUCUACAGUACCCGAUCCGAUUUGGACAGGGUCAAUAAUCUUCAGAAUACGGCCAAUGCCACAAAGGAGAAGGCCAAUAAAAUACUGGACUCGGCAAACUCUGUGGUGGAGAGCCUGGAGGCGGCAAAUGUGUCCCAGGAAAAAGCCCAGGAUGCCAUUCAGCAGGCCAACAGCAAUAUUGAGCUUGCCACCCAGGAUCUUGAGAAGAUCGAUGAGGAAACGGAUUCUGCCGAAGCACCAGCCAAUAAAACAGCCCAGCAGGUUGAGGAAUUGGCCAAAAAAGUACAGCGCCUGCAGAAUAAUAUCGUUAAGAACGAUCGGGAUGCCAAGGAGAUUACAAAGGAGGCGGGUCGCGUCAAACUGGAGGCCAUGAGGGCUCGCGGAGAGGCAAACAAUUUGCAAUCGGCCACUAGUGCCACCAAUCGAACCCUCACCGAUCGAGCUAGUCGCUCCGAGAACGCCAGGGAAAGGGCCAAGCAGCUUCUCCAGAGGGCCUCCAAACUGACCGUCGACACCAAUGCCAAACUGAAGGAUCUUAACGAUCUGCAGACCGUUUAUCAUAACAAGAACCAGCAGCUAAAACAGCUGCGAGAUGCAAUUGGACCCUUGAACAAGGAACUCAACGAGUACCUGAUCCACAUCAAGGAACGGGGGUCGCACUAUAGGCAGUGUUAUACGUAGAUUCGGAAAAAGUCCUCUGCGCGGCCAUUUUAAUUGCCAUAUUCAUGAACAAAUAAGCAAACUGCGAAUUACGAGAAUCAAGUUAACAACUACGAUAACAACUAGGAUGGCAACAGUUAUUAUGCAACCACUGUUAAGUUACCGUUACGUUUUGUACUUUAAGCGAAAACCAACACUGCAAUGUUAAUUUUACAAAUUGAGCGAAAAAAAACCGAAGCCUUCACUUUUAAUGUGUACACACUGAGCUAAGUUUUUCUUACACUAUCCUAUAACAUUUUGUAAUGCAAUUAAUGUAAUUAAAUAAAACUACUUAAAUGUGGAAA